AUGGCACCCAUUUCAACAACUAUUGGGAUGAUUCAUAGUCAUACUCAACAAAUAACAAUGUCAAAACUUAAAUCUCAAAAGAUUAGGUUGAUUACAUUAUAUAUGAAUCAUAAAUCAAUCUUAUUCAUUAUCUAUAAUUCAAGCCUCGGAAAAAUAUUUUUGUGCUGUCGGGCAUCCUUUGAAGUGAUCGUCUUUGGAGAAGAGAAUGACAAAGAGAUCAAAAUUCCUGACGAAGAACAGCUAAAUCAACCGGAAGGAACCACAGGUAAAUCUACUAGACGGACAUCAAAUAUCAGCAGAAAGACAUCGAAUUCCAGUCGAACGUCAUAUAAAGCAACCUACAGACGAUCAUUAAGAGCCUCUUUAAGGGCUAGCAUCAAGGAACUCCUGAAAAAUAAACACAAAUUCUCGUUCGCAAAUAUCUCUUUCAAAACAGAUAGCAGCAAGCACAGAUACAUUCACGAUGAAAUAGCCAAAUACGGCAAGAACAUCACUGCCAAGACUUUUUCAUACCGUGAGCUAUGUGAUGCAACCAAAAACUUUACAGCGGAGAAUUUACUCGGUGAAGGUGGUUUCGGUAGGGUUUACAAGGGAUUCAUAGACAAGCAGGUUGUCGCGGUAAAGCAUCUAGAUAGGAAUGGAUUUCAAGGAAACCGAGAAUUCCUUGUGGAAGUUUUGAUGUUGAGCCUUUUAAACGAUCCGCACCUCGUCAAUUUAGUGGGAUAUUGUGCUGAAGGUCCUCAGAGGGUUUUGGUGUACGAGUACAUGGCCAAAGGAUCCCUUGAAGAUCAUCUUCUUGAUUUACAACCAACUACGAAGCCAUUAGAUUGGAAAACGAGGAUGAAGAUAGCAGAGGGCGCAGCAAGAGGGCUGGAGUACCUCCAUGAAGUUGCCGAUCCGCCAGUGAUUUAUAGGGACUUCAAAGCAUCAAACAUACUGCUUGACGAGAACUUCAACCCAAAGCUAUCAGAUUUUGGCCUGGCAAAACUAGGUCCCACAGGGGACGAGACCCACGUGAGUACAAGGGUGAUGGGGACAUAUGGGUAUUGUGCACCAGAGUACGCAUGCACAGGCCAGCUGACGACAAAAUCCGAUGUCUACAGCUUUGGAGUUGUGUUCCUAGAGAUUAUCACAGGGAGGAGAGUCAUUGACACUAACAGACCAAGUGAAGAACAGAAUCUAGUACUUUGGGCACAACCGUUGUUCAGAGACAAGAGUAAGUUCCACUUAAUGGCUGACCCUUUGCUCAACGGUGAUUUCCCCACCAAGAAUCUCUACCAAGCACUAGGAAUUGCAGCUAUGUGCUUGCAAGAAGAAGCUAGCACGCGUCCUUAUAUCAGUGACGUUGUCACUGCCCUUGAAUAUUUAUCUGCAAAUAAAUCAGUUCAGCUGGAGGAUAACAAGGAAGAAGAAGAAGUCGAAGGAGACGAAGAAGAAGAUGACAAUAAAGCAGCAAACAGGGGAGAGAGUGACCAACCAGGCAAGGGUGUAGCGGAAGAAGGUAAACAAAGCUGA